GAAAUUCUGCGGAUUCUGUGGCAGUGUUUCUGCAUCAUUUCUUUCUUUAAUCACAUUGAUCCAUCUGAAUGCCGCCUAAACCACGCCUUACUCAUUUCUUGGCUAUACCACUGUACACCUCACUGUCAGCUGGUCAGCUGAAUGCCUCGCUUUCUCGAUUUGCUGCAGAAGUGACAGGCACAGUUGUAGGUUCGAACGCAACUGCUGCAGUAGAAGCUGCAACAGACUUAGAAUCUGCCAUGGAUGUGUUGUCAGGAGUGAAUUCUUAUUGCAAUGGUGAUAUCAUUGAUUCUAAAACCUCAUCCUCAUGGAUCCCAAAAGAAGCACUGCGGCCUAUCCCAUCUUUACAUUUGACGCUUGGCGUCAUGAGUCUAUGCACUUCACAGCAGCUUGAGGAGGCGGUCCAAUUUUUAAAGGCAGUAAAUUUGGAGGCUCUACUUGAUGAUGCUGCUGCUGUUGCCACUAGUGUUGGUACUAUUAGUACUAACACUGCAAGUUAUGAUACUGGACGCUCGCAAAGACGAGAGCCAACCAAGAAUAAUCAGCAAUAUAAGGGCCCAGUAGACUGCCAGACAUCUCAACAGCAGCUAAAGCAGCCAUUAGUCAUCACACUUCGAGGACUUUUGCCUAUGCAAGCACCACAUUCCACUUCUGUCCUAUAUGCAGCACCAUACGAUCCUUCGGGACGGCUUCAGACCUUUUGUGAGUCACUGCAGAAAAUGUUUGUAGCAGCAGGCUUUGUGCUCCCGGACCAACGACCACUCAAGCUACAUGGAACGAUCGUCAACAGUCUUCAUGCUCGUUCUUACAGAGACAGAGUGACUGUGGCUGAGAGGGGAAGUCGUUUGGACAGUGGUGCUCGUCAAGGAAGAAGAGAUGAGAGAAAGACACCAAAAAAGCCGUUGAAGCUCGAUGCAAGAAACUUGAUCGAGAGUUGGAAAGAUGAAGUUUGGGCUGAGGUCGAAAUCGAGAAAGUGGCUAUUUGUGAGAUAGGCGUAAAACCGGACCCAACAGAUGGUCUUAUGAAGUAUCGAGAUAUUGCAUGGCUAGAUAUGCCUUAACUCCCUGACUAUUCUGCUAAUUGUUAAGAAAAGUGUAUCCAGUUUAUGUAACAUUAAAAAAGCCAG